ACAGAAUGCAAUAUCUAGCAACACAAGGAAAAGAAGGAAAGAGAUAAAGAGUGAUGCCAGUCGCAAGCUGAUGUCACGCGUUUUUUCAUUCUUGCAUCGUGUCUCUUUGAUACUUCUCGCGCUUUCAUAUUCGUGAGACGCUGAAGCUUCUAUAUAUGGUCAAGUAGUGCCUUGAAACGUGAAUACGGACAGUUAUAAAAGUUGAACCGGUCAAGUCGUUGUCGAGUUGGAAAGCUCUUCUUUUAGCGAAUGGAGAGUGUACUUCAGCAGACAGUGAUAGAGGUUGCUAGUCAUGUUGAGCAACAAUUGGAUGCGGAAUUAGAGAAAUUAGAGAAUUUGGACAUAAAUGAUUAUGAAAAAAUACGUGCAAAUCGAUUGAAUGAACUCAAACGGAUGCAAAAACAAAAACAGGACUGGCUAGUUCUGGGUCAUGGAGAAUAUUCAGAAAUAUAUGAUGAGAAAGAGUUCUUCGAAGUAUCUAAGAAGUCAGAAAAUAUAGUUUGUUUAUUUUAUAAAGAUGAUUCUCAACGAUGUAAAAUAGUGGACCAUCAUUUUAAGAUUCUUGCGAAAAAACAUAUUGAAGCAAGAUUCUGCAAGUUAAAUGUUGAAAGAUGUCCAUUUUUAACUGAACGAUUGCGGAUUAGAAUUAUACCUACAAUUGCAUUAAUUGUGAAUGGUAAAACCAAGGACUACAUUGUAGGAUUUACUGAAUUAGGUAAUUGUGAUGAUUUUUCUACAGAAACUCUACAAUGUCGUCUUGCACAAUCAGGUGUGAUAAAUUACGACGAUGAUCUACAAUCUUCUGAACCUGGCAAGAAGUCAUUUAUAUUUAGACCUCAAAAACCUAAAACCAUCAAGGGACAUAGUUCAGAUGAUUCUGAUGAUGAAUAAGACUAUAUCCAAAUAUGAAAUAUUUACAUAUAUAUUUAUUCACAUUUUCUUCAUGUAUCAAAUUUAAUCAUUAUAUUGCUUUCUUCAAUAGUAAGUUGAAUAUCUGUUAUAAUAAAAUUUAUAAAAUCCAUAUUUCAAUGCUCCUGUUAUA